AUGGCACACUAUGGACUGUGUGCCUUCACAGCCUUCCUGAUAUCGGAGUUUAGCGAGGAGAACAUUGCGUUCUACUUUGCCUGUGAGGAUUACAAGAAAACCAGGAGUCCUGCCAAACUACCUGCAAAAGCCCAACAGAUCUAUUAUGAGUUCAUCGGAAGUGAAGCUCCCAGAGAGAUAAACAUCGACCAUGAAACCUGUGACAUUACCAAAGCCAACAUGCAGGACCCCUCUUCAACUUGCUUCGAUCUGGCCCAGCACAAGAUCUACAUGUUGAUGGCCAAAGACUGCUACCCUCGUUUUCUUCACUCUCAAGCCUACAAGGAUCUAGUGUGCCAUGCCAAACCAAGCACCAAGGCCUCCAAGCUGCCCCAGCAAGAGAAGCAGGUGUGAAAUCUCUUUGUGGGCGUAAGAUUUGAAAAUCCAAGCAAAGCAUUUGAUGCUGCACCAACAAGCCGGAGCUGACUUGAGCGCAGACGCACAGACUGCAAUGCUGAGAGCAGCCGUGGAUGGUUCUGUUCUGUGAAGGCUGCUUGUUCA